AUGGCAAACCCAUCUAAAAAUCCUUCUUCACCACCUAAAGAAUCAUCACCUGCACCUUCAGUCACACCUUCUACCAUACCCACCUCUAAGAAAGGAAGGUUCAAGAUGCUUGCUCAACAGGUACCAUCUGGUCUCAGUAUUGCUUCUGAUAUCAUUUCUGGAGUGGCUGAAAAUUUAGAGAACAUAUUUGUUCUGGUUGGUACUAUUGCUGGGGUAGAAACCAUCGAGUCUGAAAGAAUUGAUGAUAAUAAUAAAAAGAAAAAAGAAAAGGAGAGUGAGGGUGUUCAAGGAGAUGUAAGGGGAAAGGGAAAAGAAGGAGUGGUUGAAUCUUCACCUACUCCUGUUGGGUUGACUGAGGAAACAUGGGGUGUUAUGGAGUUGAGGAAGAGGUUCCAAGAACUUGUUCCAUCUGUGCAAGAACCCCUCGAAAAUUUACUGAAACGAGUAUCUGACAGCUACAAUCCGAAGAAGAAGCAAAGUUCAGGAGUUAAAACCCCUAGAACUGCUAGGGCACACAAGAAGAGAAAGGCUGCCUCUUCUAUCCCUGUAGAGACUCCUCCUACAAGAGGAAAAGCUACAAGGAAGCCUUCUACCUUGGCAAGAAGAACCAGGUCUACCAGGAAAUCUAGGAAAGUGCAAGUAGUGGAAGAAGAAGAAAGUGAAGAAGAAGAGGAAACCGAUGAGGAACAGGACAAAAUGGAGAAGUUUGGCAAGCGAACAAUCUUGAAAGGUAGACUCCUCGGGGACUUAGAGGGGGAAGGAAUGGUGAUGCUGCUGGAGAAGCUAGAACUUCAGGGUUGGAAGGACAUGGUCUUUCAGAUGGAAGGAAGACUAGCCAGAGCUAAGAUUAUGGAGUUCAUGACAAAUUGUGAAAUCAAGAAUGACAGGGUCACCGGUGUAGUGAAAGGGGUGACUGUGAGAUUUGACGACAAGGAACUGGGAGAAAUUCUAGGGGUACCUGCUGAAGGGUACAAUGACUACAAGAAGUUGAAAUGGCCAAGCCUAGAAAACCUUCCCACCUCCCUUGCCAUUACAAAACUAUUUGCUGAUAAUGAAACCUGGUUCAUCCAAGAAGGUGCCUGUGAACAGCAAAGUGAGAGCCUUGUGCAGGAGAGUGAAGCUAAGGAUGCUGAGAUUGAGAGGCUGAAGAAGAGGCUGGCAGAAGUAGAAACUGAGAGGGAUGCGCUCAGGACUGAGCUUGCAAAGGAAAAGGAGAAUAAUGAAGGCAUUCUUCAUGACAUGUUGAAAUUGCUUCAGGUCAGAAACCAAGAAUCUGAUCCUUCCCAGCCUUAA